UUGACAGCUGAUGAAUGAUAACCCGUGAAAUUGAAACAUCACACGUGGAGAAAAAAAAUCGUCAGCUGUUAUGUCGUACAUUAACACAGACCGGAUGAAGCGCCAAGGGCUGAUGACAACGUCAUACCCGGAUGUCACUGAAAAGCUUGAAGAAGCAACUCAAUCAUCGGAUAAAAUGGUGCGAUCAUCAGUGAGAGGAGCAAGAAAGUUAUCCACAUCAAAACGCCAAUUGGCCUGUACCCUACAUAGACAAGCCGAUCAACAUCACCGAAACGGGGAUUAUGAAACAUCCCUGAUACUCUACCACCAUUCGGCACAACUCCAGCCCCAGAAUGAGGCUCACAGUGCUGCCAUUAAAAAAAAAUCAACUCGUAUUCUGUCAACCGCACGCUCGUCCAUUCGAAAAUCCCAAACUCCCUCAACACUUGGACAAGGCAAAAUGCCGAGCUCACAAGUACCUCAGGUCCUUAAACGAGACAUGGAGAAUCUGCUGAAGAAAAGAAAAGACCCACCCACCGACAGUCUCAGGUGGUGCGACACGAAAAAGGAUUUCAAGGGGAUGAGACCUCUCAGUGAAAUGGAAUUGAUGCGAUCGCAGAUGAUGCUGAGCAAGCUCAAUGAAAUAUCGAGCAGGAGUCUCCAUUCGCUGAAAGAAUCGUUCAAUAAAAAGAACUUCGAGGAGACAAUAAAAAUUGGUGAUGAUCUGUUACGAGUGACACCGGCUGAUCAAUAUUAUUAUCAAGCGGCAGUCCACAGGUAUUUGGCACUAGCCCAUCUGUCCCUGAGACGUCACGAUCGUGCAAUUGAUCACUCUGUUCGGAUGAUACUCACCGGUAAAAAAUCGAAUGACAUGAACCUCCGAUUGCGAUCAUUUGCUGUUCUCGGAAAAGUUCAUCUGGUGUUUGGCCACUUGAAUGCAGCAGUCAGAGGAUGGGAGAACCUGUUGGAUUCCCUGAUGGAGGCUGUGCCAAGAGCUUGGUUACUCCACGAGAUCGGCAGAGGGUAUUACGAAAUGAGGAAUUAUUCCAGAGCUCUGGAUAUCUCCAGGAGUUGCUGCAACGAAGCAGCUGCAGGUGGAACCAACAGAUGGAUGUACCAUGGAAAGCUGUUGGGAGGUCAGGCAUUAAUCUGUCUAGGGCUGUUCGAUGAAGGACUCGAAACACUUCAACGCGCCUCCAACUGCGCUGAGAUUGAUAAUGACGUUGAUAUGGUUGGGUACAUUCAGAAUUUAAUGGAUAGAGUAUCUCAAGCGAUGGUGGGUCGAAUCGAGAGGGCCGAGAAGGACUGCCUCACCGAGAUUUAUUCGGCUGACCUCAAUGCCACUGGUCAUGAAGAACCAAUCGGUACAAUUAAUGAUGAAUUUCAUUCUCAACAAUUCACAUCGAGAACGCAAAUCAUUCAGAAGUCACAGCUUGACGAGAAUAACGAGAACCCGAUCAAUACUCAUGGUGCAUCUGUGGAUGGGAAAAUCGAUGAGAGUCGUAACACGAGCUGCUGCAUUGUUGAUAAAUUCAGGAAAUAUCUGGAGGAUACGAGGACAAUCAAGCAGUUGGGAAUUAGCGACUUAGCAAGUUCUGAGGAACUCCAGACAGAAGUGGGUGGAGAAUCAUUCAGUCAGGCCAGUUCACGAGGAAGUGCAGAUGAUGGGAGUGGUGGCUCUGAGGACAGCUCGAGAACUUAUGGAGUCGAGACUGAUAUGUUGUAUCAAUGUUUCGUUGGAAACUGCGAUAAUUCGGAUGAGGAUUGAAUGAUUCUUAUAAUUUGAUUG